CUCAAGCCCUCAACCAAAUGCCUUCCUGGCUUCCCGUGAGCAUCCGCGGUAGCUGCUCUGCUUCUUCUCCAUGCCCAUGGUCGACUUUCACUGAGAGUGGUGUGCUACAAACAGUAAACAGUUGGUGGCACACGGCCAGCCAGUGUGAGACUGAGAGAAGGAGCUGAUCGAGAUCUAGUACGUACGUAGCAAUAUGGUAGGAGGAGGUGGGUACAGGCAGAAGCUGAUCCAGGUAUGGAACGAUUGGCAGGUGAGCGUGCUGGUGCUGCUCAGCCUCACCCUGCAACUCCUCUUCCUGAGCACGGCGGGCGCCCGGAGACGGGCGCAGCCGAGCUGGGGGAAGAAAACCUACUUCUGGGCUCUCUACAUCGGCUCCAGGUUCAUCACCACCUACUCCCUCGGCAUCCUCUCCCGCGCCUCCACGGGCGACGCCAACGCCGACAUCCAGGCGUUCUGGGCGUCCCUCCUCCUGUUCCACCUGGGAGGCCCCGACGACUUCACCGCCCUGUCCCUCGAGGACAACAAGCUCUGGGAUCGCCGCUGCCUGGAGCUCUUCAUCCAGGUCUCGACCACACUCUAUGUCUUCUCCCGCUACGUGCUCGACCCCGGAUUCCGCCGCUUCAUCGUGCCGUUCGCCCUCAUCUUCUCCGCCGGGGUGGUCAAGUACGUGGAGCAGGUCGUCGCGCUGCACCACGCGACGAUGGAGGCGCUCAUCAAGUCCGUCCUGGGAAAGCCCGACGCUGGCCCGGACUACGCUGACACCAUUAACCGAUUGGACGGGAUUAUGAGAUCCGGCGCAUUGCCGUCCCUCGACAUCAAGAACGAACGAGUUGACCGCCCAAACUCUGAUCCGGAGGCCAACGUGCAGGUGAAAGAUUACAGCGAAGAUGAGCAGGUGGCCAUCAAAACCAUCCGGUCAGCACACUCUCUGUUCUCGAGAUUCAGUGUCCUGUUCGCGGACGGCAUCUUCAGCUUCGAGGACAGGCAGGAGAGCCAGGCCAUGUUCUUGCGCAAGGACGCGAGGUGGGCGUUCAAGAUCGUGGAGAUCGAGCUGGGUUUCGCGUACGAUCGGCUCUACACCAAGGCCUCGGUGUCCCGCGGGGCGAGGCUGGCGGUGCGUGUGUGCAGCCUGUCGCUCACGCUCGCCGCCGGCCUCUGGGCGGCGCUGGCGAUCCUGCGGGCGAGCCAGUACCGGCAGCGGCACCGGUGCGUGACGUACGCGCUGCUCGCCGGAGCGGCGCUCAACGACGCCGCGAUACUCGCCGCCCACGCCUUCUCCGUCUGGUCCCUGGUGCACGGCGACUGGCUGAGCUGGUGCUCCGUCAUGCUGGUGAAGCGGAGGAGGUGGUCGGCGAGCAUGGCGCAAUCCAACCUCGUCACCUUCUGCCUCCGGAAGCUGCCUUCCAACAACGACUCCGACCCGGCGCCGCUCUCGUCGUCGUUUCUUCUCCGGCGGCUACUCCUCGGCGGCGGCCGAGGAGGAGGAGUGCAACAACAAGACGCAUCGCCUGCUCCUGCUCUUUCCACCACGUUAGCGUCCAUGGACGAAUUCCAGAAGCUGUUCGAGAGGCGUUCCCUGCUCGACCAGGUCCGUUCUGGAAGCUUCUGGAGCAAGUACAAGCAUACCAAGUAUGUCCCGGUGAGCGAGAAGCUCAAGGAUUUCAUCUACGCCCAGCUAGAGGAGAAGGUUCGCCGUCUCAGCGAGUACGACAAGAGGAUGGAGAGGGAGCGUGAGCGUGAGCGGAAGCGAGUGAGAGCUCCAUCUCCAUCUCCAUCUCCAUCUCCAUCUCCAUCUCCAUCUGCAUCUGCUACGACUCCAACCCAAACCGGAACGUCGACGACGACGACGACGAGUAGCAUGUACAGCAUUUUGACGGAUUGCAGGGGGGACCAAGUGAUGAAAAAGGAGCGGAUCAGCAACCUGAGCUGGAGCCUGGAGAAGAAGGAGUUCGACGAGAGCCUACUGAUAUGGCACAUCGCGACGGACCUGCGGUUCCGCGAGGAGGCACAGGCGGCCGGCGCCGCCGCCUCCGCGGCGAGUGCGGCGACCGUCGAUCAGCGAGAGACCAGGAAGCACAUGGAGAUCGCGCGGGAGCUGUCCAACUACCUCUACUACAUCAUGGUGGUGCACCCGCUGAUGCUGUCGUCGUCGACGACCAUGGCGAUCAAGAGGUGCCGGGACACGUGCGCGGAGGCGCGGAGGCUGUUCCUCAAGGACCACGUGAUGGCGGCGGCGGGGAAAGGGAAGGGCGACCGGCGGCGGGCGGUGGGCGAGGACAACGCGCACAGGGUGCUCCUGGACGUGGACACGCCGCUGCACGCGGCGGUGGUGAAGGGGGACAAGUGCAAGUCGGUGCUGUGGGAUGGGUGCUUCCUGGCGAGGGAGCUGAGGCAGAGCAUGGCCGACCCGGGGAGGAGGUGGAGGGUGGUGUGCGAGGUGUGGGUGGAGAUGCUGGGCUACGCGGCGGUGCACUGCGGAGGGUACCAGCACGCGGAGCGGCUCAAGGACGGCGGCGAGCUCAUCACCUUCGUCUGCCUCCUCAUGACCCACCUCGGCAUGGGGAAGCACUACCGGACCGAGGUUGGGGAUGCCUACGCCCACCUCUCGCCCUACAGCGCCGCGGCCUAGCGCAUCUGUAUUAGUACUACACUCCAGCUAACCUGUUGCUUGUACUACCUCGAUUGGUGAACAGAGUUUGAUAAUAUAUGGGUGUGUUUGGAUAAUGGGUUAGGAGAGGUGGGAUUGGGAAAUAGAAAUGAUGGAGGGAUAAGAUGAAAUGGAGUGAGAAGAAUGGAUGGCUAUGAUUGAAACUUAUCCUUUGAGGGGUAAGAAAUCAUAUUCCAAACCCAUUAUCCAAACAUGGCCUAUGUGAUUGUUAGCUCAGGAACAAAACGUUCAGAAAGAAAUAACGAAUAGUCGUAGGCAGAGCAAA